CUCUAUAUUGCGGUCGAGUAAAUUCGUGCGUUAUUUCGCGGGUUUCGCCAGAAACUUAGUGUUUAACACUGCCCGCGAAACCGAGAGCAGUUUCGUGCAGCAAACGCAAUGUUUGUGCGGUAAUUUCACAAGUGGUUUUGCUACGGCCGCCAUCAACAGCAAGAGUGGGCUGGAUCGCUCGCUCAAGCGGUUGGACGAGGAUGUGCGUAGGUCUGGCCGGAUCUCCAGGCGGGACCUGGAGGAGGUCCUGGAAGAGAUACGAAUCAAUCGAUCGGCAACGAGCGCACAGUCACUGCUGGUGAUACGCUGUUGUGGCAACCUAGUGCCGGAAGAAUUGCCCGAAGUACGGACGGCACUGGUGCAGGAAAUAUGGAAAACGCUAAAGAACCUGAACGUUGCCAUGGACGUUUCGCACUACAACGCGCUGCUGCGUGUGUACCUGGACAACGAGCAUCCAUUCUCACCGACCGAGUUUCUGGCCGAUAUGCAGUCGAAAGGCAUCGAACCGAACCGAGUCACCUACCAGCGGCUCAUUUCCCGCUACUGUCAGCAGGGUGACAUCGAGGGUGCGACGAAAAUAUUGGAAUACAUGCGCGAAAAGCAACUCCCGGUGAACGAGUACGUUUUCAACGCACUCAUCAUGGGACACUCGCAGGCCGACGAUCUCGAAUCAGCCACCGGUAUUUUGGCGGUAAUGGCCCAGGCAGGUUUGCAACCAUCGGCCGACACCUACACGACACUCCUGUGCGGGUACGCUCGGAAAGGUGACAUUGACUACAUCUGCAAGACGAUGGACGCAUGCGAACAGAAGGAAAUAUUCCUGCUCGACAAGGACAUCCUGGAGGUAAUCUACACGCUCGCUGCGAACGGACACGCCGAGCGAGUGGAUCAGUUGGUGGAGAAAAUUCGUCGCCAAGCCGGUUAUAAUCAGGACGCGGUAAAUGUCAUCCUUCGGCUCAUCAACAAGGGCCAAGAGGAGGUCGGAAUGAAGCUGCUCCGAACGAUGCCCCGGGCAUCGAAGAACGACGGUGAGCUGGCAAACACGGGCAGCUUUCUGGUACGCCAGCUGGUUCGUGCAAAACGUCCCGCGGCCAAGGUGAUUGAAAUUUGCCGUGAGCUUCAGCAGAGCGGCAUGAACGAUCGUGCAUUUCUAAUUGCGCUCGAGACGGCCCUCAAGAGUGGCUCGGUUGAGCUGAGCUUCGAGCUACUGCAGGAACUGUCGCAACAGAAUCAACCGAUUCGGCAGCACUUUUUCUGGCCCCUCAUGUGUACCAGCGGCGAUGCAACGAUGACGAAGGAGGCACGCACCGAGAACGUGCUGUACGUGCUGCGGUCGAUGACGGAGAAGUUUAACAUCUACCCGAGCAGCGAAACGGUCCGCGAGUACGCCGUUCCGAACCUGCCCGUGACGAACAACGACAUCGUCAUUCAGUUGCUUCGUAGUGCCGGCAUUUCGUCGGCCGUUGCCAGCUCAAGCUGCGCGUACGUCGCCCUCGAGCGGAACAAUCUCAAAGAGGCGGCCAACAUUGCGUCCCGCUAUCGGGCGUACUAUUCACCCGGCGUUUACCGGAAACCGCUGGUGCAGGCCCUCUAUCAGACGCGGGAUUAUGAAUCGUACGUGCGCUUUGCGCGUUCGCUCUACGAUGGACUGAAACGGUCUCGGUCCGCCGAAGAGGAAACCGACCAACCCGCUGGAGGAGGAGUUGAGGGAACGGAAGGGGCGGUCACCAACAACAGCAGCAGCGUGGAAGCGAUGCAGGCGGAAACACUGGGUUGCAUUAUCUACGAUGCGCUGGUCACCUUCAAAACCGAUCGCGUGGAAAUGAUGCAGAAAAUUCUCACCGGAUUCGUUGCGCAAGGGCUUUCCAUUAGCCACGGGCUGGCGGAGAAGAUCCAGGAGCGUAUGGGUGGGGAGAUGACGGCGGAAAUUUCUGGCCUUCUGUCGAAGCUGGCGGCGGGUGAUUUGGAACCGAUCGAGCUGGAACGGGAACAACGGGAUCGUACGCAGACGGCGACGGCCCAGCGACAGAAGCCCGCGAGCGCGAGUCUCUCCAUCCCUCAGCUGGAGCGUCUGAUUGCAGAAAUGGAGAGCCGGAAGGAGAACACCAAUGCACUCAAAUCGCAGCUCAUCCGGUCGACGAUCCGUGCGAAUGACGUCGCCAAAACAGCCGAAGUGAUGGAAAAGCUCGAAGGCGAGAACUACGUCAUUAGUCCGGCGAUCUACGGGCUUGUGAUUGAACUGUACGCCACGAACGGAAAACUCGAGGAAGCGAUUGGGCUGCUGAAGAGCGUCAAAGCCAAACAACCCGACUUCGUGCUCGAUCGGGUGAAGGUGGUCCGGUUGGCGCAGGGUAUGCUCGAAACGGAACGGUUCGACGAGGCGCUACAGUUUCUGAAGGAGAACAGCAAAGAAGAGCCCCCAAGGGAGGAGGUGGACUUUGUGUACAACAGUGCCUGCUGGCGUUUGCUGAACAUUCUCGCCGAGAAAGGCCAAGUGCAGCAGGUGAACCAAAUGUUUGAUCAUCUGAUCGGUCAGGGCUAUAUCAAGGCGCAAAACAUAUUCCUUGGAUCGUUGAUAAAGGUGCACCUGGUGCGCGAUGAUCUAACGUCGGCCAUGGGUACGUUUGCGGACAUCUGCCAAAAGUACCGCAUGACACCGUGGAAGACGGAGCUCACGUGUCGGUUGAUUCAGGCGGAAGAUGCCACCAACCUGCAGCGUCUGACCGAUCUCAGCACGGAGGUACACGGUGAGGUCAACAGUCUGUACGAUCUGGUGUUUGCGUUCGUCGACUGCGGCCGCAUCCGGCAAGCGCGUAAAAUCCUCGAAACUCCCGGCCUGCGCACUCGGUACGCGCGCAUCCAGACGGCCUGUGAGCGUUACCAGCAGGAGGGCAAAACGGCCAGCCUCGAGGGGCUCAUGGAGGCCACCAAGGACCUCAGUCACAUCGAUCGCACCGAGAUCUACCACAAGCUGCUGCAGAGCUACAUCCACGAGAAGGAUGCGGACAAAGCGCUCGGGCUGUGGACGCGCAUGCAGGAGGAAAGUGUCGCACCGUCGGACGCUUUCAUGACGGAGCUGGCACAGUUUUUAAAGACGAACGGAUACGAGGUACCGUUUGUCGUUCCGGAGCCACGUACCACUCGCGCGGCUGAGACGAAAAAGUCAUCUUCCGCGGCGGCAAACGGCGGAGGUCCAGGUGCACGCACGAAAGCAACCAAAGAGUCAACCCGCGGCGCACCAACGGCGUCGACGGCGGCGGAUAGGCAGCAACGAACUCAGGCAAAUCCUGCCCUGCGUGAGCUAAAGGCAGCAAUCAAGGCAAACAACCACGAUCGCGUCCUGGCCGCGUACGAAUCGAUGGCGGCGGGCACAAAGCUUAAUCUUACCGAACAGUCGGCCAUUAUAGAAUCGCUGGUAAACCGGGAGCGGCUUACCGAAGCCACCAAGAUGGUGUUGGAACUUCUGGAGCAGAAACUGUUCCCCAUUCCGCGCACGUUCAAGUUUUACCUCAACAAACUGGCGAUCAGUGGCGACGUGGCAACGUUCGAGCGCAUCGGAACACUCAUUUCGGACGACCUGAAACGACAGGUUUCCUUCGACAAUCGUUUGUGCCAUGCGAACGUGUCCAGUGGCAAUGCGGAACAGUACCUGCGCCGGUUGGAGGAAGCGCUCGAUCGAGUGCAGAGCAAGGAAGAGGCACUGCUGCAGUCGAAACAUUUCCCCAUCGGUGGCGCAUCCGGGAUACUGUCGCAGCAUCCGGAACUGCACGAACGAUACGAACAGCUGGCGGAGCGGUACGCCAAGUGGGAUCUCCGUGCACCGAUCAACGCUCUCUGGACGCACUACUUCAUCGUCGGUGAUAGCGAGCGAGCCGGUGCCAUCUGGGAUCGGCACCUAAAAGACAGCUCGCGUAUUAUGUUCCAAAAGAUUAUCCAGCAAGCGCGUGAUACAAAAAAUGAAGCCCUUUGUCGGCGGCUCAUAGACGCGCUCCGCGAUUCGCAGCGUCCCAACAUGUCCUUCCUCACGAACAUCUUUCGCGGUGAGGUCCAACCGGCCCAAGUAUUCCCGUACCCGGAAGCGUUAGAUGCCGAGCAGAAGGAGUACAUCGCUGCGUUCGUCGAUCCGGUGACGAAGUUUUUCGAGGAAGUCAACGACCCCGUCAAAAACGAUGCGAACGCCUCGAUCGACGAAAAGACCACCGAGGCGCUCUGGGAGCUGGGCGCCUUUUCGCUCCAGGUACCGCCGGAAUACGGUGGACUCGGGCUGAACAACACCCAGUACUCGCGCAUGUGCGACAUUAUCGGUGGUCAAGAUCUCGGACUGGGCAUUUUCAUCGGUGCGCAUCAAAGCAUCGGGUUUAAGGGUAUUUUGCUCUACGGAACCAAGGAGCAAAAGGAAAAAUAUCUUCCGAAGGUGUCCACCGGCAAGACGUACGCUGCGUUCGCGCUCACCGAGCCCAGCUCGGGCUCCGAUGCCGGUUCGAUCCGGUGUCGGGCUGUAAAGUCGGCCGACGGAAAGCACUACGUACUGAACGGUUCGAAAAUCUGGAUUUCGAAUGGUGGCAUUGCCGACGUCAUGACCGUGUUUGCUCAGACCGAGAUCGAGGAUCCGAAGACGGGCCAAAAGAAGGACAAGGUGACGGCGUUCAUCGUCGAGCGGGGUUUCGGUGGGGUCAGCAGUGGCCCGCCGGAGAACAAGAUGGGUAUCAAGUGCUCCAACACGGCCGAAGUGUACUUCGAAGACGUAAAGAUACCGAUGGAGAACGUCCUCGGAGGUGAAGGCAAUGGGUUUAAGGUGGCGAUGAACAUUCUCAACAAUGGACGGUUCGGUAUGGCGGCCACCCUUUCCGGAACGAUGCGUGCCUGCAUCCAGAAGGCGGCCGAGCAUGCGACGAAUCGUGUUCAGUUUGGACGAAAGAUUGAAACGUAUGGCGGUAUUCAGGAGAAGCUGGCCAAGAUGGCAAUGCACCAUUACGCGACCCAAUCGAUGGCGUACAUGAUCUCCGGUAACAUGGACACGGGCUCGCAGGACUACCACCUGGAGGCGGCCAUUUCGAAGGUGUUCGCCUCCGAGUCCGCCUGGUACGUGUGCGACGAAGCGAUCCAAAUCCUCGGUGGUAUGGGCUUCAUGAAGGACUGUGGAUUGGAGCGCGUGAUGCGUGAUCUGCGUAUUUUCCGAAUCUUCGAGGGUACGAACGAUAUCCUCCGACUGUUCGUGGCCCUCACCGGCAUCCAGUACGCCGGAUCACACCUAAAGGAGCUGCAGCGUGCGUUCAAAAACCCUGCCACCAACAUGGGACUGAUCUUCAAGGAAGGUUCGCGCCGUGCAAUCCGCAGCAUCGGAUACGGUGGAACGGACAUGAGCGCGUACGUGGCGGAACCGUUGAAAUUGUCGGCGAAGCAGUGUUCGGAGUGUAUCGACCUAUUUGGGCAGGCUGUUGAAUCGCUGCUGAUCAAGUACGGCAAGAAGAUUGUCGAUGAGCAGUUCCUGCUGAAUCGGCUGGCGGAUGCGGCCAUCGACACGUACUCGAUGGCGGUCGUUCUCUCGCGGGCAAGCCGGUCGGUGAAAAAAGAUCUUCCAUCGGCCGAGCACGAGGUGUUGAUGACCAAGGCAUGGUGUCAUGAGGCGAGUGAUCGAGUGCGUGUAAAUAUUCGAAAAAUCAACAACGAGUCGUUCGUGACAAACUACGGUGUUAUGUCACAGAUUUCGAAGAACAUUUGUGCCAACAACGGAAUUGCACACAACAAUCCCCUGGACAUCGAUUAAGCUGUGACCUGGGACCGACACACCACCCCCGGGAUUCCCAAUACUUUUCUGGAGAAAGUUACAAAAGUGAAUCUUUGCAAAAGUGUGUGCGUGCGCGCGUGUUUUGAGUUAACCAACGACCAAUGUUGUCCAUCCGCUGAUCGAUCCGCUGACAGCAGAAACGCUCAGUACAUUGGAAACAGAGGAGCACUGUAGGAAAUGUGUGAUAGGAGGGAUAAUAGUUUAAUUUCGUUUCGUUCGUUUCAAUGCUUAGACAACUUAUUUCGCUAAGAUUAUGUUAUCGAGGGAGUCUCUUUCGGUACUCCUAUAUUUUUUUGCUUAUUUACGACCACGAUUCCACCGCUUGCUAUGAUUUUUUUUUAUGUGUAAAGACAGCAUCACCAAGCAACUAUAGAGGCAUUACUUAUGUAAGUUUAAAAAAGUAAUAAUGUACAUACAACCUCACUCUGUAGCCAAUUACCGCGGCCUUGUAAUGAACCGGGCAACGGAAAUAGACCAAUUGUUUCAUAAUUCAAAA